GGUAGCGGCGGCGGGAUGCGGCUGCCGGAGCUGUGCCUGGCGCUCCUCUACGCCGCCGGCACCGGCACCGGCACCGAACCGCCGCGGGCAGCCCGGGAGCGGCCGCUGGCCCCGGGACGCGGGGAGCCCGGGGCGGUCCGCGUGGACCCCCGGCAGGCGUGGAUGCUGCUGGCCGGGAGCCCCGGGAGGGGCAGCGGCGAUCGGGGCCGCGGCGGCUCCGGGGCUCUCCCGGCACCAGCGGGCCCCGGCUCUCCGGGAAAAACAACCGCGGGUGCCGCGCAGGCCGGCGGGACCGGGGCUGGCCCGGCCGCCCCCGCCGUGCCCGAGGAGCUGCUGAGGGAGCUGCAGCUCCUGCUCAGAGGCAUGGCAAAGAUGUGCAGGACAGCUGGGGAAGGGUGUAAGGAGGAGGAAAGCAGCAAAGGCAGCGCCCAGGCCGGGGCCCAGCGUCGUGUGGAAGCAGCUUUCCAUUGCCAAACGCGUGCAGACAUCGCUGUGGAGCAGAAGACGUGGCAGGAGCUGGGGCUGUUCUACAUUCCUGAGAGGGAGGGGAUGUUCCACCGCGGCCCGGGGCUGAACCUGACCAGCGGGCAGUACACAGCCCCCCUUGCAGGAUACUACACCUUCAGCACCACGCUGCACAUUGCGCGCAGGGAGCCGCGGAGGAAGAGGCAGGGAUGCCGAGGGAGCCGCCUGCGGGUGCUGAUCUGUGUGCAGUCCUGCUGCCAGCACAACAGCCAUCUGGAGAGCGUAUCCCAGCUGGAGAGCAGUGGGGACCUUUUCACCAUCUCUGUCACAGGCACCCUUUACCUGCAGUGCUGUUCUGCUGGGAGUGUGAAGAGGCUGAACCACGCUGAACCUGUGCCAGGAACAGCCAGACCCUUCCCUCUGCCAGCCACCAUCGUGUCUCCCCUGCUCAGCACCAAGCCUAAGGAAGACCAUUUGCUCAUGCACGGAGCUGCAGUCUGGUCCAAUACUGCUCGUGCUGAAGAUGGACAAAAGAUCAUGAAGAUGAUGAUAGCAAUAAAGCAGCCUGAGCAGGACCUAAAGGCAUUCACUUUUAUCUAAAGGCUAGGCCUAGAAGUUUAUCUUGGAAAACACUGCUGACAGUGGCAGCAGAUGGCUGCCUAGGGCUCAGCUCCCACCAUGCCUGGUACAAAGCCCCACAUGUCCAUUUUUGCCCUUAGUGGACUUCCCUUCCCUGCCCAGACUUAGUCUCAGCAGCCCAGGCCAGAUUAGGCAUUGCUUUAGCUCCCUGCAGUGAAUGAGCAGAGGGUUCUGGCAGGAGCCAACAUCCUUCACACCGAUCAUCAAAGCAAAGUCCCAACAACGCCGCACGCUGGAUUAGAGCAAAUUCCUGCCCUGUGCCUUUCCAGAGCAGGCACUCCCUGCCUGUGGCACAAGGCCUGGCUGUGGGCAGCCCAGAUAGAGCCCAGCUCUUUGCUCUGGCUGUGAUAGCUGCCUGAGCUCAGCAGGGCACAGGCCUACGUGAGCCAGCCAGGGCUGCAGCAGCAGCACCAGGAAGGCUGAGCGUUGGAUUUCCCAGUAGCACUCAGAACUGGGUGAGUGGUGCCAGCAGCACUGAAAGAUAGCCUGAGCUAACAGCCACACCUUCUCCCAGGGAUGCCCCUGCCCUUCUCCAUGGGCUGCGUCUCCUUGAGGAGCCUGCUGAAGGAGCUGUUAAUGCUGCAGUUUAUGGGUAGGGGUGGUUGGGUCUGGAAAAAGGGGGAGCUGAGAAGGGAAAGCAAGUUGCCUUUCUGAAAUUUUGCCAUUAGGGUUUAUUUUGCCACAAACAGAAGCAACUUCAUGCUGCUCUGUCUGGGCUCUCCAAAUUUGCCUUUCAAGAGUAGAAACAGGAGAGUGUGCUGCUAACAAAGGCAUUCCCUCUCAGCUCAUCCUGCACUGCAAACUUACAUCAAAAUACACAGGAAUGGCUGGGAGCAGAACAAUCUGACAGAGACCCAGCACUACUCAAAAUCUGUGCCAGGGGGCCACUUCCUUCCUCUGUGCCCUGCAGGAGAUGCAGAGUCAGUGUGCACCCUCAGACUAAGCCCAUGAAGUGUAACUCACUACUGCUGGAGCAGAAAUAGAAGUAAGAUGGUCAAGCCACCUGUCCCAAACAGGACAGCCAUCGUGUGCUCCAGCCAACAGCCCAGGAGCUGGGACCAAAUCCCAAAGUUCCAGGGAUACAGAAAACAGAAAGGAGCCAGGGAAGCCUCACAGCCCUGCACAAAACAGCAGGCACGAUCCUGGCCUUGCCCCUCUCCCCUGGGACUACAGCUGUGCCUCACAGAGCAAGGAGGCAACCACAAUGCACACCCCUCAGCCCACCUCCCUCCCUGCCCCCUCACAUACAGGGUGGGAAAUUGGAAACUUCAGGGCUUAGGUAGCCUAAUCCAUUUAGCUUUCAUUCUGUCAUUUGGUCUUAGGCCAAAUUUUCUCUGGAAAACAGCACACUGACUGCAGCAACAGCUGGUAGAGGCACUGAGACAGGAUGAGACACCAGACACUAAUUAGUACCCAAAACCUGAGAUGCCUUCUCCUCAGAUAGCACAGACAAGCACUGUCUGCAGCUCAGCUGCCUUUUCACCAAGUCCAUUUGGUGAAAACACUUUUUCCAAAAAACAUCAGGAGCAAACUCCAGCCACUUUUUCCAUACCAAGUUUGUGGUAAAACUCCUGGAAGCACAGGGCAGGUAUGCUGCUGCUCUGCAAGGGGUGCUUGUGUCCCUCAGCUGCAGGCAACCUCAGAGCCCAGCUUCAGAGCCAGAUUUCCUACCCAGGGUGAAGGACAGCCCAUACCACAUCCCAGACUGGUGGCCUGGAGUACCUCACAGUCUGUAUGGUACAGCCUGUCUGAGUCCUGGAACUCCACACUCUCCCAGGGUCUUGCACAAAGCUCAAGGAUGUGGACAGCAGCACUGUCCCAUAAACAGCUGGCAGAGCUCAUGCCCCCAGAUGCCUCUUUCUACACCCCAGCCAAAUGAACUAACUGCAUUUGCCACGACAUUCAACCCUAGCUCUAAGUGAGCUAAACCUGUUGGAAAGGCACUUUGUGCUGUUCUGGUGAGCCAGCAAAGGCCUCCUGAAGAUAAGAAAAGCCCUGCAUUUCUCUUGAGGAAGACACCAAGGCUGUCACCAUAGUGACAUGAUGAAGGAGAGAAAGUUAAAAGAUACAGACUUUAGCUGGCUCACAGCAUGACACGGCUCCUUGUUCACCUAUUGAGAACUUUGUUUCUUUCUUAUGACCAACGGGCAGUGAAUGUGUCUGUUAAGUAAAUGUAAGUAUCUUGGAAAACUAUAAAAGCAACAUGUUGCUAUAAUAAAUCUCUCUUGUACACCUU